GCUUUCUAGAAAUUCUGUGUACAUAUUUUUAUUUUUAGAUCUUCGAAACGUUCACGCAGAGUGAACAAUAACGUAGCUAUCAUGCCUUCCGCCGACUUCAUCAAUGUUACCGCAAAACCAGUUCUGGAAAACGAAGAUGAAAUUGCUCGUACAAGAUGUACCAAGCCGUUAGUUAACAAUGGUAUCUUGGAUCAAUUUGGUCACUCAGACUUGACACCGGUAAUUGGAAGAGUCUUUGACGAAAAGGUUCAAUUGAAAGAGUUCCUUUCGCCAGAUACUUCUGAGGAAUUGUUUAAGGAUUUGGCGUUCACAAUCUCCGACCGCGGUGUAGUGUUCUUCAAAAAUCAAGACAUUAAUCCUGAGCAAAUGAAAGCUGUUAUCGAACGUAUCUCAAAAGCGUCUGGAGCUCCUGAAUCCUCUACCCUCCACAUCCACCCCCUCACCGAACAAUCCUCCGAACUGGGCGACCAAGUCUCCGUAAUCUCUUCCACAAAGCAAGCCAAAGGCGGUGGAUUAACUCAUCAACUCUCCGACGUAUCUCGAUUUGCCAGUACGGGAUGGCAUGCCGACAUCACAUUUGAACGAGUCCCUUCCGAUUAUGCCAUGUUGAAAAUUCAUACCCUGCCUGAAACAGGUGGCGAUACUUUAUGGGCUUCCGGAAACGAGAUUUAUGAAAGGCUGAGUCCAAAAAUGAAGGAAAUGUUGGAAGGAUUGACGGCGACUCAUGAUGCGAGCUUUUUCCAUGAUGAAGCAAGGAGACUCGGACAGGAUAUUAGAGAAGAUAUGAGAGGGAGCCCGUUGAAUAUUGGAAAAGAAUUAAGUGCCGUUCAUCCAGUUGUUAGGACAAAUCCUGUAACCGGCAAAAAAUCUCUUUUCAUUAACCAAGGCUUCACACGACGCCUCCAUCCUCUCACAAAAGAUGAAUCGGAUCUUUUACUUCCAUGGUUGAAGAGUUUAGUGCCCUUGAAUCACGAUGCGCAAGUCAGAUGGAAGUGGAGUAAGAACGAUGUCGCGAUUUGGGAUAACAGGAGUAAUUGGCAUUGUGCCACUUAUGAUUAUGCCGAGGCGAGAGCAGGUGAUAGAGUGUGUAGUUUGGGAGAGAAGCCUUAUUUGUAAGAAGAUGGGUAUGGAAGAGGAAGCUGGAAAAUGGAAUUGAAUAAUUGAGAUGGAAAGAUAUAAAUGGGUAAAUGGGUCUAGGACUCGAGGUAUUUAGAUGUCGGUUGUUAUUGGCUCUCCUUACUCGUUAGCUCGAUCGUGGAUCAAGAGUUCAAAUCGCCCAAUGAAUAUCCUAUCAGUUACACCAGCUAGCAAAAUGAGAUACUAAAUUAAUCAAUUUCAGCUCCCGAUCA